AUGAAGUUCUUGGUAUUGGCAUGUUCACUCGCGACCGUAUCUGCAGCCCUUCAGGGCUACAGUUUGCCGCAAGCACCCGGGUCAGCGCAAAGUACCGGCAGUGGAGUAGUCGGUAUUAGUGGACAUGUGUCCGGUGGUGGCUCUGGUUUUGGACAUAUAGGCGGAAGUGGUAUUUCCACUGGAGCUGGACUGGUCGGAACUGGACAUAUCACAGGAAGUGGAAUUUCUACACCGACUGGACAAGUCGUCGUGAGUGGCAAUGUAGCUGUCGGUGGCCCUCUAGCAGGUGCCGGGGCUGGAAUUAUAGAACAAUGUGGAGAGGGACAAGUUCGACAUGUGGAUGGAUCUUGUGUUGAACCAGUUGUCAAUCGGAGAGUUUAUGUGUUUGACGUACCUGAACAACCACAACACGCUGGUCCUUCACCAAUUCUUCCUCCUCCAAGAGUUGAUCAUAACAUUCUCUUCGUGCGCCUUCCUGAAGAUGGAGAAGGACCUGAGCCAAUCGUCAUUCCGCCACCCAGACAGGAGAACAUCGUCUAUGUCCUCAACAAGAAAGAUGACCAGGCACAGCGUGUUAUCGAAGUGCUAGGAGUUAAUGGAGGUGCUGGUGUUAGCGGUGGAUUCAUUGGAGUGACAGGAGGAGCCGCAACAGUUGGAACCAACGGAUUCGGAAUUGCUGGCAGUGGAGGCGUUGGUGGACUUGCUGUAUCUAACACUGGAUCCGGAGUGAACUUCCAAGUUGGCAGCGGCCUUGCUGGGUUCCAAGCAGGUACUGUAAUUGGCAGCAACCCAGUAGGCCUAUAUUCUACCCCUUAA